GAUUUAGUAGCGAGGAAAAUUUGAUCAGUAAUUGCAAAUAUGACGCAUGUCGUUGUAUUGAUCCAAUGAAAUGUGUUUGUAACGCUUUUGCUGCUUACAGUAAACUUUGUGUUGAAUAUGGUGGAGUUCUUUACUGGAGAUUCAAUGGAACUUAUUUGUAUCCAAAACUCAAAGAAUGUGAGCAAACAUGCAGCAACAAAGAAGAAGUUUUCACAGAAUGCGGAUCUGCUUGUGCUAAAACAUGUCGUGAUAUAUCACGUGGUCUAAACUGCAGUGAAACCUGCAUUCCCGGUUGUUAUUGUCACAAAGGAUCUUACUUGGAUGACAAGAAUCAUUGUGUUCCUGUGAAGAAAUGCCCAUGUUUCUUUGAAGGAAAGUAUUAUAAAGCUGGCGAAAAUGUCAAAGUUGGACGAUGUAAAACAUGUACGUGUAAUAUGGGAGCUAUGGCUUGUGUCAAAGAUCGAAAAUGCUCCACUAUAGGUCCUUGUGAGUCUUUCCCUUGUAAAAAUGACGGUGCUUGUAGCGAGAGUGGGAAUAGUUUCAUUUGUACUUGUACCAAAGAAUAUAAAGGAAAAACAUGUGAAGUUCCAGUACCAACACCGUGUGACUCGCGUCCUUGUAAAAAUAACGGUAUUUGUACAAACAACGGAAGUACAUUUUCGUGCGAAUGUGAUUAUGGUUUUGAAUGCAAAACGUGCGAAGUUAUGAAUCCAUGUGCAAAACAACCAUGUAAAAAUGACGGUGUUUGUAAAACGAAUGGAUCUUCUUAUCAAUGUGAAUGUAAAUUUGGUUUCAGAGGAAAGACUUGCCAAUAUAUUGAUGCUUGUACUAAAAAUCCAUGUAAGAAUGGUGGUACUUGUACAAAUGUUGGAUCUUCUCAUCAAUGUAAAUGUACAUCUGAUUUUACUGGAAAGAAUUGUGAGGUCAACGCUCUACCUGUCUGCACUAAUGCCGAUUGGUCGAAAUCUUUUGACAAAAGGGGAUGGUCAAAAUGUCGUACCAAAAAGAAUUUUAUCACUGGCUUAUAUCGCAGCAGAUAUACCAGAAGAUUUGAUAGAAUUUCCCGUCUAGAGCAUGCAAAAUGCUGCACAUCUCAUCCAAAAUAUACUGCACAAAAAAGUAUAUGCGUAAAUGGUAACUGGUGGAAUUCUUUCAACAGAAAAGGCAAAUGGAGUGUUUGCCUAAAAAGCUAUUUUCUAAAUGGUCUCUUUUGUUCUCGUGGUAACCGAUUACGCAACAUCGAGGCAGGAAAAUGUUGCAAACCUCUGAAUCAUCCCAACAAAUAUGGUUCUUGUCAUUAUCAAUAUGUCAAAUAUAAUUUAAACAAGAAAGGUUGGACGACAUGUAAUGGAAAGAAAUUCUACAUCACUGGGUUCAAAAGAGAUUGUCGUGGCAGUUGGCUUCACGACAUUGCUGUUUUCAAAUGCUGUGAAAUGUGGAUUGCUUGAGGCUCUUUAGCAUCUCCUCAAUUAAUCGAAAGGAAAGUUUUGCUCUUAG